CACGACCCGCACGACCCCCUCGCCCCCGACCUCUCGUCCCCUCCUCCUCCCGCGCCGUUCGCCGCCCCGCGCCAGGUCGCCGCCGGAGCCAUCGGAGCCCGCGCCCUUCCCCGAGCCGCCACAGGUCGCCGCCCCGCCCCGCGCCCUUCGCCAAGCCGCCGCCGGUCUAGAGCCGCCGCAGGUCGCGCCGACGACGCCGACGAACCCGCCCAAAGCUGGAUCCGCUGCGGGUCGCGUCGGAGCCGCCAGCACCCGCCGCAGGUCGCGCCGCCGCGGGUCGCCACCGCCCUUGGCCGCAGUCCCUUGUCCGCAGUUCGCCCCUGGAGCCGGAGCCUCCUUCGCCCCACGCCCUUCGCAGCAGGUCCAGGUUCCCCGAUGAUGUGCAGAAUUGAGCUUCUCAAUAUUGAACGAAUAUUGCAUGACAAAUCUGCAUAACAACUCAUAAUAUGCCUCUGUAGACAGCAUGCAGAAAACCAACAGUCCAGGUUCAGAACAUUGGCACUCAUCGGCAUCUACAACAUCUAAGAUGAGGAAUCAUCGUCCGCAUGCGUUACGAUCAGGGGAUCGUUCCCCAUUUAAAGAUCCGACGAAUACACCUACUCAUGAGACUGCAAACCAGACACAUUCUUCUUCAUCACUCGAUGUGCCACGAACUCCAUUGAGCAACAUAACCAACUCAGUUGUUAAUCAAGAUGGUGAAAAACCAAAAAUUGGUAAAAAUUGGUAUGCACGAAUGUCCGAUGAGAAGAGAGCGGGUCCUUCCCGUGGUCCCGCGUGGGACAAGAGCACAGAUCACUGACAUCACUCUCCAAAGAUCAUAUCUAUGAGAGAAAAUUAGAAUAAUACGCCUCACACGUAACAUGAGAGCACAGACUGACCCGUGGUUCUCUAAAUACCUCUUAAGAAUUGGCAAUGGAAUGAAGGAGACGAUCGGUGAUGAUUAUGUGCGUCUGCCUGAUGACGCACCUGUCAUGAAGCUUAUUGAACAUGUGUUCCCAUCUCUUCAUGAGAACGCUUCAUCCGGUGCCUACAUGAGCACACAUGCUAUUAUUUCUACCAAGAAUGAGCACGUGGACGACCUAAAUGCAAAGAUGAUUGACAGGUUCCCCGGCCAAGAUAAGGUAUACUAUAGCUUUGAUUCCGUCGAUGAUGAUACACGCAAUAACUACCCAAUUGACUAUUUGAACAACCUCACUCCGAAUGGCUUGCCUCCCCAUAUUUUAAAAGUAAAAGUCAACUGUCCUGUCAUUCUGCUCUGGAAUCUUGAUCCUAAUAACGGACUUUGCAAUGGAACGAGAUUGAUGAUUAGAGCUUUCCAAAAUAACGCAAUCGAUGCCGAGAUUGUUGGUGGACAACAUGCUGGAAAGAGAGUGUUCAUCCCUAGGAUCCCGAUAGCACCCUCGGAGGAUAUUUCACUUCCUUUCAAGUUGAAGACGAAGCAAUUCCCUAUUCGUUUGAGUUUUGCAAUGACCAUAAACAAAGCCCAGGGGCAAACCAUCCCAACUGUUGGCAUUUACCUUCCGGAGCAUGUAUUCUCGCACAGCCAGCUCUAUGUUGCACUAUCAAGGGGUGUUUCAAGGCAGACAACUCCGGUUCUGGCAAAGCCAAAUAAAUAAAUAGAUCAAACGGGCAAAAGCACCAAGAACAUUGUGUACAGAGAUGUCUUGGAGGGAUAACACAGGUUUGAUAUAUGAUAACAGCACCAAGUGCUUAUCUUGUUUUCAUUUUGUUGUUCCCUGUCCAUAAAAGUUAGCGGAUUGCUUCGUUCUUUUUUGUUAAACUGCAAUAUUUGUUUUGGUCUUCCAUGCCUUGUCAUUAUUGUGUCUCAUUAUUGUUCGUGUGAUCCUAACUCUACGGAACCAUAUAGAUAAAAUGCCCUUCCAAUUUAAUAGUAAUCUUUUAUGAAAGGACAAAAACGGCAUCACUAAAUGUGUGCUCUUAUAAAUUUCUGUUUUUUCACACUGUAUAUGUAGUUUGUCGCUUCCUUUUGUAUAAGGUUGUGAGUAGUCUAGAAGAAUAAAUGAGUACGUGUGUCUUAAAUUAGCAUACUAAAAAACUGCUUUUUGAAAAUGCCCUUGGCUCUGAACACGUAUGGAUCCCAGUGCACCACCUUCCACUGAAUUUUGGAGAAGUAUGAUAAUUUCUAUCACUAAUUUUCCUUUUUUACUUUAUUCUAUCUUGCUAAUUUCGCCUUUUUUGAACCACGGUAUACUAAUUUUGCCUUUUACUUGAGGCUUUUGCUACCAUGAAUGCGAAAUAUACUUUUGCUACCAAAGUGUAGACACAGUAAGUCUGAACUUAUUAGAUGAGGUGGUCAAGUUUGAUAUCUGCCAUCAGCAUUUUACAUUCUGACCAUGUAAACUUUUAUUUUAACUGCAGAUGGACAUGCGAAUGUUUUCUCAGGAUAAUUUGAUAUGUACCAUAUGGAUUUCACUAAUGAGGUUGACAUUUCUGGAUGAUUUUCUACCUGUACAAACUUACCUGUGUAUCAACCAUGAAGAUUAUUAUCAAUCCAAGGAUCAAAGAAGAAAAAAAGGGACAUAGCAAAAUUGACUUUAGAGAGCUGGACCAUGAUCUACAAAAAUGAUCACAGUUAGGGCAGAAGAAUGAUGAAUCCCCGUGCUUUUCUAACCCAGUGGUCCCUUCUAACCUGGCUAAGGUAGAAAACAUUAAUCAUGUUUUCAUUGUUUGUAUAUAUUUCUGUGAUUGCUGAAGGUAAGGCAAAGAGUUGUUGUAGGCAUGAAAUUUGUGAAGUUUGUAAUGACUAGAGAUUUCAGCAACGGUCAUGGUUACAAAAUUUCAUCUUGGUCACUUCAUAUGCUUAACUUUUUUUAAGAUAAUGGAAGAUUGUUUUUCCGUCCUCUGCAUCGUUCCAAUUAAACAUGUUUAUUUUUGCCUGACCUUGGAUCCUACUAAUUUGUUAUACAACCUUGUUUCUCUUGUGCUAACUCUUCAUAUCAAAUUCCUUUUACAUACUAUGCAGUUAUGAUUUAUCUGCACAGUAACCCAACCUGUCUUCCUUCCAGUUACAGCUGCUAUCUCUGUUUGUCUCGUGCAUAUUUUGAAGUAUAGUGCUUUGGUUGAUUACAACUAUGUACCAUUCUUUCACUAUUUCAGAGAAGAUCAUAUGGACAUUUAGGGAUAAGAUGGAAGGGAGGUAGUUCCCUAUCUGGAACUGUUUAACGUCUGCUAUUUCAUCAGACUAAUAAACAAAGCCAUGGAAUAUUCGCAUAUCUUCACUACAAAACGUGACCAAGAUGGAAGAGGCCCUCCUACAAGCUUUGCUGCAUGUAUCUAUUCCUUUUGAUUUUUAUGUUGCUUGUAAGACAACUGCCCAACUAGCAUUUAUAAUUUCUUGUGGAUUUACAUGGUGUGCAUGAUAUUUCUCUUACAUGCAAACUUGUAUACUUGAAAAUCAGGGUUCUAUGCAUUACUAACUAGAAUCCGGGGAUUUUGUUUUGUUUUGAACACAAUCAAAUCAAUUAGUUUUCCAAUGUUUACCCUUGUUUUUAUCCGACACUAUUUCUUCUGGCAUUUAGACAUGAAAUGUUCGGGACUGGACUAUAAAAGAGAUGAAAGAGGGGAUACUUUGGAGAACGAUUGUGCAUGUUGCUUCUCAAGUUUAGCUUGUGAAUUUUAGUGUUGAGAUAUUUUUGUGAAGAAUAAACUAAAGAUUAACAUGUCGAGAGCAUCUUGACUGUGCACAUAAAAAAUGAUAAGCUGGGUCAAUGACUGGGAGAAUUAUGGUUUUAUGUUACCCUGUGUCAUAUCUCAUAUUUGUGUACCAAAAAUGAACAUCCAAUAUUCCACAUAAUGGAAAUUCUUACUAUUUGUGACCGUAGUCGUAAAGAUUUUUUUCUACUACACACCGACUACUUGAAAUCUAUCAUUCGUUUAUAGAAGUAUAAUUUUGUUGAUUUUAUAUAACAAUUGCCUCUUAACGGAGAUGAACAAAGAAACAUCUUCUAACGAUUGUACGUGCAUUGCACGUGCACGCUUACUAGUAACAUAAAACAUUUGAUGGUAUAUGUUGAGCCUAGAGAAGAUUCAAGGUCAAACGAUGAAGCAACCAACCCUUUGCCUUCAAACUUGACUCGUUUUUCUCAAAACCUAAGUUCUUUCUAAUAGAUGGUCUGAUUUCUAAGCAUUGUACAUCUCAACUAUUGAGAAACCAUAUCAAACUUCUACCACGGCAUAUUGAUGUCAUAUAAUGACAACAUGUCAGGUUUCAUGUUUUUCCGACUACUUUCAUCUUCAGAAUUAUUAUUUUUGAUAAACUUCAUGUUCGGGGCCAGCUCUUGGCAUCCGAUUGUUUUGACUUUCUUUUAUUUUCAUGGAUAAGGCUGAAACAUAAAGUAAAGAGAACAAAUAUGAUUUUGGCCCAAUUUUCGAACUUCUUCAUGCACUUACAGUUCAAAUUUGAAUUAUAUUCAGUAUAUGCCUAAAAAUACAUUAAAUGACUUAAAUAUAGAAAACAAACCCCAAAAAUGCCCAAUUAUGACAUGGAACAUGUGAGUGUAUGUUGAGAAUAGAUUUUAUUUAAGGUCAAACCAUGAAGCAACCGACAUGUCACCUUCAAAUCCGACCAUUUCCCUCUUGAAACCAUGAUUCUUCCUCGGAGAUGUUCUGGUUUCCAAGCAGUGUAUGUCACUACUUUUGUGAAACCUUCCCAAAUUUUUACCACAACCUCUAAAGAUCAUAUAAUAAUCCCGACACCAUGUUCCAUGUUUUUAGUCUCUGUUUGCAUUUUCUAGAAUUGGAAGAACGGUAAACUCCAUGUUCGGGAACGGAUACGGGAACCCUGCAUGUUUGGAACUUCCUUAUUUUCUUGGGUAUAGCCUAAAAAUUAGAAUCGUUAACGCAAGUAUGAUUUUCCAAUUAUUUUUACCAACCUUUUCAUGUUACACACAGGGGAAAAACAAUAAAAAAUAAAAAGGGAAAAGGGAAAAAGAAAUUAAAAUGAAUUAAAAUAAUGAAAAUAAAGAAUGAAAUAAAAUAAGAGAGUGAAAAGACAGAAAAAAUGGAAAGAAAGAAAAGAAAAAAAUGGAAUCUCUGCCAAGUGUUUUUCUUUUGCCGAGUGUAAGACUAGACAAACCUCAAGUUUGCUCAGUGUAAGAUUUUUUGCCGACUGUGUUUUCAGAACCACUCGGCAAAAGAUAUGUUUGUCGAGUGCCAAAAAAGUAAAUCAAAUGAAAGAAAAUAAAUGAAAAAAUGAUAGGAAAACAAUGUCCGCCGAAUGUUUUUCUUUUGCCGAGUGUUACACUAGAAAACCCUCCAAAUUUGCAUAGUGUGGGACUUUUGCCGCCACAGGUCCACCUUAUCUCCAGUGGCCUUAGGGCCAUGGAGGCACAUUGGACCUCGGUCCUUGCCGGUGGGAGGGUUCCUGUUCUGGUUUUAGUUUUUUUAAAAGUUGAUUAGGGCUUGUGUCCCGCUCAAGAAGGUGUGGCGGCGGAGGCGGCUCCCUGAAGAUGGACUAAGGUCCUCGCCGCCUUGCCCCCGUCUCAACGGUGCGUCCAGUGUCAUCGGAGGAUGUGUGGACGUGUGUCUUUGAUGAAUGUUGUGGAAUUCGAUCGGUAUUGGUCUUCGAUGGAUCACAUUAGAUACAGUCUUUGUUCGUGUGUCUACAUGUUGCAUCCUUUCGAUCAACGUUUCUUUUCAUCAACGACGGUUGUUUUUCUGGUGCGCUAGUCCGGUAGGGCCUUAAUACGACACUCCGCGACUGUCUAUAUAAUAAGUUUUACCCAACUUCAAUGAGGGAGGGGCGAUGAUGGCGGCACGCCUUCGGCUCACUUUAGUCUUUGAAGUCAUCGCUAGGCGGUUUAGUUUUGGUGUUCCUUAUACUUGCGUGAUGGAUUGAUCCUAAGUUUAUUCCCGCAAAAAGAAUUGAUCCUAUGUUUUUCCCGCAAAAUAGAAAGAAUUUUGCCGAGUGUGUUUUGGAAUGCACUAGACAAAAGCUCCGUUUGCCAAAUGCCUUGGAAAAAACACUCGACAAAAGGUCGGAUCACGUACAACUAGCAGUCCAAACUCCAAAGUUUACACCUCAAUAGGAUUUGAAGGAAGGUUCUUGGAACCUUCGUUUCAGAUAAUCAUAUAUGGAAGCUAAUCCCACAAGGAUAGAAUUGAUCCAUACGUAUUAAUUGCAUCUCCAUAUAUUAAGAUAGUACCAAGGGUACCUUUCCCCUACUACACCGUAAACCAGUCGAUCGAAGCUAAGGAUCUGCAUCUUCCUGCCGACCAUCCAUGGCGAUGAAGACGAAGACGAAGAAGGGAGGGACGGGGAGGAAGAAGAGGAACGAGACGAAGCUCAUCGAGGACCCGGCCAAGCGGCAGGUGGCCUUCUCCAAGCGCCGCCCCACGCUCUUCGGCAUGGCCGGCGACCUCUCCGCGCUCUGCGGCGUCCACGUCGCCGUCGUCGUCUUUUCACGCUCCGCGCGCGGCAACGCCUACGCCUUCGGCAGCCCCUCCGUCGAUGCCGUCCUCCGACGCUACCACGGCAACGUCCAAGAUGAUGACGACCAUGGUGAUGACGAUGACGAUGCUGGCGCUCUGGCGGGGUUGCGGCGCGAGCUGGACGACACCAAGGCGCGUGUGGAGGCGGAGAAGAAGCGCAUGAAGAAAGUCGAGGCGAACGUGGAGCGGGCCAUGGCGGCAAGGUCAACUGCGCUGUGGUGGCAGGCCGACGUCGAGGCUCUCGGGGCAGCGGAGCUGCCAGAGUUCGAGACGGCGCUCCGGCGGCUCAGGGACACCCUCCUCCGCCGGGUCGACGCGCUGCAGCUACCUCUAGCCGCUGCACCGCCUGCCUACAUGAACAUGUAGCGGCUAAUUAGCGAUACCUUACCACAUCUUCGAUCUUGUCUCAAACGAAAAGUACGGAUGCAUGCAUGCAUGCAUUAUGUGUAUGAUGCUCGCAAUAUCGAGUACAACCAUUAACUUCACGAAGCAUUUUGUUUUUUUUUUAUAUGGAAGGUCCGAUUUUGUUUUUUGCCCA